GGCGAAAUGACGUCAGAAGCCUGCGCUCCUGCAUCUGUUGUAAUUCGGUUGGAGAAAGAAAAACUCCUAGUGAAAACUCCUAGAGAUCCACGUCACUUACUAUUAUAAAGAUGGCAUUUAUUAAAGAGGAGAGUGAAGACAUGAAGAUUGAAAAAACAUUCAGUGUGAAACAAGAAGAAACUGAGGAACAAAAAGACUUGAUGGUGCUUAAAGAAGAGAGUCAAGAAUUGAAUGAAGAAGACGAUCAGGAUGAGAAUCAUAAUGAUUUCAUAAUUGGAGAAAAAUCUUCUAGUUGCUCACAGACUGAAAAGACUUUCUCACAAAUAAGAAGUCAGAAUACAGCAACUAGAAGUUAUUUCUCUUGCACUCAAUGUGGAAAGGGUUUCAAUCAACUUGGAAACCUGAAUGUCCAUAUGAGAAUUCACACUGGUGAGAAGCCGUUCACCUGCCAACAUUGUGGAAAAAGUUUCACUGAAAAAGGAAACCUCAAUAAACACAUGAGGAUUCACACCGGAGAGAGCCCGUUCACUUGCCAACAAUGUGGGAAAAGUUUCACUCAAAACAACAGCCUUAAAGCUCACAUGAGAUCUCACAAUGGAGAGAAGCCUUUCGCCUGCCAACAAUGUGGAAAAAGUUUCACUCAAAAAGACAGUCUUAAAGUCCACAUGAGAAUUCACAAUGGGGAGAACCUUUUCACCUGCCAACACUGUGGAAAAUGUUUCAUUCGAAAAGCAUGCCUUCAAAGCCACAUACGAAUUCACACUGGAGAGAAACCUUUCACCUGCCCUCAAUGUGGAAAAAGUUUUAAACAUAGAUCAACAAUUAAUUCCCACAUGAAGAUUCACACUGGAGAGAAGCCGUUCACAUGUGAUCAGUGUGGAAAUAGUUUUAGACAUAAAGUAAACCUUAAUACCCACAUGAGGACUCACUCUAGAGAGGACUGUUUUACAUGCCAUCAGUGUGAAAUGAUUUUCACAGACAGUGAUCACCUUAAGAGCCAUGUAAUAACUCACAUUGGAGAGAAGCCUUUCAUGUGUCAUCACUGUGGAAAGACUUGCUCAAACAAAACAAACCUUAAUGUUCACAUGAGAACCCACACUGGAGAGAAACCUUUCACGUGUCCUCAGUGUGGAAAGAGUUUCACACUUAAAGAAAGCCUUAGGACUCACAUAAGAUCUCACACUGGAGAGAAGCCUUUCACGUGUCUUCAGUGUGGAAAGAGUUUUGCAUAUCGAGUGGACCUGAAACGCCAUUUGCAAACUCAUUCUGAACUAAAACUGCAGGAAAAGGAGCAAUUUCAAACAUCACCUAUGGAGGCCAUUUAAUUGUGGUCUAAUAGAAAGAUUCUUUUGCCAUUAGAGAUACACCUGAAAGGUCAAAUGUGAGACUUUAUUUUUGUUUUAAUUCCCUGGAAAUGUAAAGAGAUUCACACAGACAUAUUUUUCUGCUGACAAUCCAUCAAUAUAUCUGUCUUCAGUGAAAAUGAUAUGUUUGUGAAAUACUGAUUUUGACUUUGGCUAAGCCACGCCCUAGAAUGUAGAUUGACCAAUCACAGUCCAGCUAAGAACCAGCUCCCACAGAGGUCGGACACUUUCACAACGCCUCAUUAACUUUCAAAACAGGCGUCUCAUUUUUUUGGUCUCGGCAGGCUAUUACCGUCGAAGUUUUAUCCAAAAUAUGGUUAAACGUUGUG